AUGGAAGUACAGUCACCAUCGCCAACAGCCAGCACCUACGACUGUGUCUACGACAAGGACAGCGACCAAUACGUCCUGGAGCAGUCCCCGUAUGCGCCGCCCACGAAGCUGCACUGGGUCGUGCUCGCGAACCUGGUGCUGCUCUUCAUCUUCUGCUUCAUCACCAUCCUCACAUCCGGGCUCGUCUUCGGCCACAACGUCGCCUCGAACGACUGCCUCGGCCAGAGCUGGGUCAUGUUCUCGUCAAUCAUGGGCUUCCUGUAUGUCGCCCUCCACCUGCACGCCGCGCGUAAGGGUGAGCUGGUCAGCCACGUCCACCAUCCCACCUUCCAGCAACCCCUCCAGUCCUCCGCCAUUGUCGUCGCGCGCAUCGACAUUGUCGCCUGGGCGGUUUCCCUCAUCAUCGUCUCUGUGUCCGUCUCAAAGGACGCCGCGGCCGUCUCCUGCGUGAAUCUUGUUGCGUGUGCCUCUGCGACACCUACACUGAUCUUCCUCAUCUGCGUCGCGGAAAAAGCAUCGCGACCGUUUGAUCUCCCCUACAUCACCGCACGGUACUCUCGAGCCCCGAGCGUCCAGCAGCAGGGGCGGGAGGCCCACCUGGGCGGGCCGAGGGCUCCCCCGACGAGCCUGAAGGACUCCCGCUCCUGGUCCUUCACACGCUACGACGACAGGACCAAGAAGCAGCUCGCCGACUCGGUGAGCGAGGCGUCGCAGACCUCAGACACAAGGCCCCGCCUCGGUGGGCCGAGGCCGCUGGCCACAAGUGACAUCGCGGUCAAGACGGGAGUGUUGCCGCCGCCGAUGUGCACGGAGCCCAAAGAGGCACGGCAGCAACCUCAACAACAACAACAGCAUCACCAGCAACAACAACAGCAACAAUCGUACCAACAAUACAGCACAGAUCCCGAGAAAACAGGCUCGGAAAACGGCGGAGGCGGCGGCUGGAAGAGCGACUGGUGGGCCCUCCGGACGGUAGCGGGGUGGGUCAGCCCGGCGGGGAGCGGGGCCACGACGCCCGUGUCGACACCCGGGGUGGGGCCGGGCCCGGGGCCGCUGGGCAGUCGGUCGAGGGCGCGGCUGUCGACUGUGGCGGAGGACUGGGUGCCUGCGGGUGGUAUCAGUGGUGGCGGUAGCGAUGGCGGCAACGGGAGCUAUCACCAUGAUGCCUCCUCGUCGCCUACCCGGCCUCCACUGCUGAGGCAACCGAGGGACCAGGGCCACUACGACGUGCACUCCGUGGACAGGGCGGCCAUUCCGACGCCUCCCCCGCCUUCGGCGGUGGCGGGGACUGGUGGUAGCAGACCGGUGCGAGCGCCGACAGCAGCAAGGGUGAGGCUUAUUCGGGCUCAGGAAGCGUUGAAGUCGCAGGCGAGGGCAAAGUCCGGGCCGACGGUGAUGCUGACGAGGCCGGUGCAUCUGACUGGUGACCGCAGAGGGGUUGGCGAGGAAGACCGACUGGCGCCCGCGAGACCGCCGCUGCAGAGUAGCUUGAGCAUUCCGGGUUCGUACGUGGAGUAG